UAAGCGCAACUGCGACGCAAACGUGCGCCACAACAAUUUUGUGUCCAUAUAAAAUGCAUAAUUUACGCCUAAGUAAAGACAAAACUUCUGUUGCAAAUUAUUCCAACAGCAAAUAAAAGAAAAACCUGAAAAGUACUUUCAAAUUAUAGCCAGAAGUUGCUGGCUGAGUGCAAACUAAAACAACUUGAUAAUAGAAGGACUCUGGCGCAUCCUCGUCUGCUGCUGGUGCUGCUGCACUCUCGUGUGAAAACAAAAACAUUGGCGAAACUUUUUGAAUGCCUGCAUCUUUAACUGCGUAGUACGGAAAGUAAAGACAACGCUUAAAUAUUUAAAACUGAUUCGACGCUAAUUGAACGUGGGAGCUGCGUAAUACCCAAAGCAAUCGUAACGGCAGCAACUGUAAGUCUGAGAGUCUGAGAAGCGCAUGGAACGGCCCCGCUAAUAAAUAAUUGCAGUUCCACUUUUCAAACAAUACGCAGAAGAUGCAAGCGCAAGUUGCUUAGGCCAUAGUCUGAAGAUAUAAGAAGCAGCACGAACCCAGCGUCAUGUCAAAUCUGCUUGACAUGGACAAAUCAAACGGCAACGGCCUCUAUGCGACCGGCAGCUGCCACACGGACAAUGUGGCUGCCACAACAGCAACAACAACAACGACAGCAGCAGCUUUGAACAUAAAUAAUAUUAUGAAUGGGGCCGCAGCUGUAGCAGCGGCUGCAGCAGCUGCCACGCUGCCCACGUCCGCCUCCAGCGAGGACCUCAGCCAGAGCCUCUCCGAGUACACAGAUGCCGACGAGAGCAUAUCAGCGCCCACAGAGUUUCUCGCCGAGUUUCUGUCGGCUGUCAUGCUCAAGGACUAUAAGAAGGCUUUGAAAUAUUGCAAAUUGAUUCUGCAGUAUGAGCCAAACAAUGCCACGGCCAAAGAGUUCUAUCCGCUCAUAUUGGACAAGCUGCGUGUGGCCGCAUCGAGCGACAGCGACGAGAACUAUAAUAAAUCCUCAUCACCUGAGCUGGCAUUGGAUUUGGAGGCACCCUGCGAGGAUAGCGUUAGCAGCCAGGAGGAGGACAAUGAUGAUGACGAUGAUGUCGAUGAUGUGGACGACGUCGAUGAUGUGGAUGACGAUGAGGAUGACGAUGAUGACAUUGACAAUGUCGAUGUGGAAGAGGAGAGCAGCAGCAGCGGCGAUGAUUACGAGCUACCCAUUGAUGAGCAACAGGACCCGGCUGCCGCUGACAGCCUGGCAGCGCAUAUAACUCACUCGCAUUCCCAUUGUCACUCCCACAACGACUCGGGCUCAUCGCGCAAUUCGUCGAGCGGCGGCGGCGGUCGCAGCGACAAUACCACACACUCGUAUUCCAGCCUGCUGCUGGAGGAGGAGGACGACAUUGUGCCAGUCAAUUUGCAAUUUGGCAACAAGGAGCCGAACGCAACAGAUUUGGAUGUGAGCAACGGCAACAAGGUACCGUCGGCUUCGUGCAGCGAUUCGGAAUCUCCCACAGAGCCGCUCACCCAGCGUUUGGCCGCCAUUUUGCGCUCCAAAUGCGGCGUUUCGGCCAAUAAGGAUUGAGACGCUACCGUUAUCAGCAGUUCGCAAUUGCAUAUACCAGCUAUAUGUAUAAGUGUGUGUGUGUAUACUACAUAUAUAUAUAUAUAUACAUAUAUGCAUAACUAUAUUCUUGUACUUCUACUCGUACUCAAUGAGCUAAAUGUUUACAAUUCCUUUGCCCAAACUAAGUAACUAGUUUCCACUAGUUGAGAUUCGCUUUACAAACCUAGAAACCGUCCCAAACAGCAUACAAGUAUAUUUCCAAUUUGCAAUAACUAUAGCAGCGAGUUAUCCUUUUUUGAAAAACAGAAACAUAAGCAAAAGAAAACCAAUUCCCUAGACAAACAUAUCGUACAAACUUAAUAAGUACUUACAGUAGUCACAUUUGUAUUGUGUAUGUAAAUGAGUAUAUAACCUAGAUAAUAAUAUGCUCCAUUUGUUAAC